AUGACGCUUUCCACAUUCGUGACGAGGGCUCACCGUAAUCUCGAUGGUAAGAUCCUCAAUCCGACGCGUCCCCUGCAGAAUUUGAUGCUGAAGCUCGUUGAGGCCGAGUCGACGAACAAUCUGUUCGCUGAGUUUAUGGCUAUCGUGCGGCUGAGCCCCACGAACGUCUUCCUCGAUGGUUGGGCCGACGUCGAACCUCUACCGGGCUACGAUAGCGGCGUCGUCGUCUCGCAACGUCCGCAGGAGCAGGUCGCAACGCCGGCACCCAGGUCUUAA